GCGUUGCGUUGGAAAACAUUGGAAAAUAAGGAGCGUCCUGGAGCCUGGAGCUUUCAAUCGCGAAAGAAUUGAUAAUAAUCGAUAUUGUUUAACAGAAACGUCACAACAUGUCUUCUCUGACAAAACCAAAAUCCGAGAUGACGCCAGAGGAAUUGGCGAAGAGAGAGGAAGAAGAAUUUAACACCGGGCCUCUUUCAGUUCUGACGCAAUCCGUUAAGAAUAAUACCCAAGUGUUAAUAAAUUGCAGGAACAAUAAAAAGCUAUUGGGCCGAGUAAAGGCCUUUGACAGACAUUGCAACAUGGUUUUGGAAAAUGUGAAGGAGAUGUGGACGGAAUUACCACGCACGGGGAAAGGCAAGAAAAAGGCCAAACCGGUAAACAAAGACAGAUUUAUUCCAAAGAUGUUUCUACGUGGCGAUUCCGUCAUCUUGGUUCUGAGGAAUCCACUGGCAACUGCGGCAGGAAAGUAAUUAAGGAUAACUUUAAUUUUUAUGGAUUUUAAUAUUACUAAGGCUAAUGCUAUAAUAAAGGAAAUAAAAACUU